AGUCCAUGGUUUAGACUAUCUUAAAUCGUGGUAAACAACAAACUGAUAUCGCGGUGUAAACAGUGAACAGAUAAACACUGAGAUAACAAUAAUUGAAUAAUAUUUCUCGAGCAUUCAUUGUGUUAUUGAAUUCAACCGUUUGAUCGAAUUGUCAUAAACUUGAUCGAUUGUCGUAUCGUGUACUGUCAGUUACAGUUUCAAUUUUUUAAUAUGGUUACUGAAAAACCAGUAAAAAUUAUGAACAAAAACCAUGAUAAAACCACUGGACUAUAUAAAAUUGCUGCGAAAAUAUUGAAAAAAGUCAAAACCGGAAGCAGUUUUAAAACUCAGCUUUAUCAAGCACAGUAUCCAAAUAAAUUAUUGUUGAAUGCUGUGCUGAUGAAUGUUUUUAAAUGGGAAAAUGUGAUAGAUGUGUUAGUAGAAAAAAGUAAUAUAUUGGAAAAAGAAAAUAAUAUGGACCGUGAAUUAGUGUAUGUACUCAUCACUGAAAUGAUGUGGUCAAAAUUUGGAUUAAAAGGCACUGCUAAAAAUAUAUUAGCAGUAAAAAAAUAUAAGGAUGAAUUUCUACAACUUAUGAAAGAAAAUGAUUUAGAAAAACUAACUUCUUCCACGCAUACUAAAGUUAUGAAACCUAGGUUUUUCCGUGUUAACACAUUAUUAACUACACUAGAAAAAAUAUUAGAAAAAUUAUCAGAACUCAAAUUUAUUAAAUUAAAAACGCCAAAAUCUUAUGCUCAAUUUUUGGAAUUAAUCAAAUCUGACAAGUUCAAAGGAAGAAAUGUUUUUGUUCAAGAUAUUCACAUUAAAGAAUUGUUAGUUUUUAAUUCAAAAGUGAAGUUUUAUGAAAUUGAAGAGUACAAUAAUGGAUCUUUAAUUGUACAAGAUAAGGCAAGUUGUUUGGCUGCUUAUCUAUUAAAUCCAAAAUCAAAUAGUACUGUGUUAGAUAUGUGUGCCGCUCCUGGUAUGAAGACAUCUCAUUUAGCUGCUAUUAUGCAAAAUACAGGUAAACUGUAUGCUGUUGAUCGCUCUAAGGAAAGAUUCUAUAUAUUGCAAAAUAUGUUGGAAAAAUAUGGUGUACAAAAUGUGGAAACAUUCAAUAUGGAUGCACUAACUUUUCCUUAUUAUGAUGAUGUCAAAUAUAUAUUGUUGGACCCAUCAUGUUCUGGUUCUGGUAUUGUGGAUAGAGUUCGAAAUGAUUCAUCAGGGCAAAAUCAAAAUUUUCAAACAAGAUUGAAAAAAUUAGCUAAUGUCCAUGCUCAGUUAUUAAACCAUGCAUUGAAAAGUUAUCCUAAUUUAGAACGAUUGGUUUAUUCUACUUGCUCUGCAAAUCAUGAAGAAAAUGAAGCUGUUGUUGACGAAGCCUUAUCUAUUAAUGGAAAAUUUAAGCUUUUAGAUUGUACUAAAAUGGUGAAAGGCUGGACUAACAAAGGAGCUCCUGGUUAUGAUUGUUCGGAAAUGUGUCUUAAUGCUGUUCCAAGUGUUGAUUGUACUAAUGGAUUUUUCAUUUCCGUGUUUGUUCGUCGGGAUUUAGAAGAUAAUGACAUUGCUGAAGAAGAAGAAAAUAUUGAAGAUAGUGAAGAUAUCAAAGAGGAAAGAGUUGUUGAAGAUAAUGAAAUUGUUGAUAAGAAGGUUAAAAUACUUAAAAAACCAAUUAUUAGUAAUAAUGAUACAAAUGUAGAGAAUAAAUCUCAAAUUAAAAAAAACAAAAAAAGGAAACGUAAUGAAGUCGUAAAAGAGGAAAAAGUGUUUGAACAUAAUGAAAUUGUUGAUAAGAAGGUUAAAAAAGUUAAAAAAUCAAGUAUUACUAAUACUAAUAAAAAUUUAGAAAAUAAAUCUCAAAUUAUAAAAAACAAAAAUAUUGAAGGUACACCAUUAGUAAAAAGUAAAAAUGCAAAAAGAAGAGAAAGAAGGCUGAAACUGGAAAAAGCGAAUGAGUCAAGUGGCCUACAAACUACAAAAACUAAGAAACAAAAAAAAGUAAAAGUAGAAGAAACUUAAUUAUUGUGUUAUAUUAUUAUUAUUGAUUUUGACCUAUAUUAAUUUCAUUAAAACAUAUAACUAUCAUACUAUUAAUAGAUUAAUUUUUUUAAAUGUUUAAUUAUUCCUUCCUUAAGUAUUUAAUGGUAUAGUAUUUAAUAUUUGUAAUGAUGUUCUAAUCAUUAUACCAACACUUAUAUUUAGAGCAGAGGACUUAUUUGCAUAUUUGUUUAGCGCAAUCUUAAAAUAAGGGCAUGUAAAAACAAAUGUGUUUUAUGUUACAAUAAAGCCAAAUUUGUAACUUUA